AUGUCUAAACCAAUGCUAGGAGGACAAGGACGACAACUUCCUACUGCGAACAACAUGAAUCAACAUACACAAGGCCGGGCCGCCAACAGCGGCAGACUGGUCGGGGGUAAGCCUGCAACUUGGGGGCAGAGCGGCCUUCCUGCGCCCUCACAACAAGCCCGAGACUCUGUAGCACCUGACAGCUGGGCCCAGGCUAUGAGUUCGAGGGCAAACACUCAGCUAGACCUAUCCGCAUCUUCCUUCCCUAGCCUCAACAACAGCAGCCUCCAAUCACAGGGCCACAGUGUGGGCUCCAGUGCAUGGCAGACUGGGCCGCCUCAGAAUGAACAGGCACAAAGACAGCAAAUGCAAGCUUCACGAGCUCACAUCUCCUCUCGGCAGCCACAGGGUACCGCCGCUCGAGAAGGCUUCUACCCUACCGAUACCUACUCCAGGAAUGCCCCGAUGGAGUUCUCUUCGGAACCUUCUCAGCCUGUGCGACGAGCAAGUCAAGCACCAAGUGGACCUCCCGGACUUGCGCAGCGACAACCAAAUCAACCGGGCGACAGCACGCCAGGUGAUCCCAGCAGAGUCACGUCGCCAUCCGGACAGACACAAAUAUCGCGAUCACCCAUAUCUCAGAGUAUCAAUGCGGCCAUAGGCCAUGAGAGAUUCUUGGGACAAGAUGGAAGGACGCAAUUACAAGACUCACCGUCGCAGUCGUUGGGACUCCAGCCGCGAGAUAUGUUCGCCGAUCGAGAAAUUGGAACACGAGCCGACCACGACUCAAUAUUUGCAGCCAUGACUGAAAAGGACAGAUUCGGAAUGAAGGGCUAUGUUGCUGAACAAGACAACGCGAGUCCAGCGGCAAGAGGUUUGAUGAGGGGAGUGGACCUGUCAACGCUCGGCAUCAAUAUGGGCUCCCAAGAACCGUUACUGUCAUCUUACCCAGGGCCGUGGGCUGAACCCAACGCCACGCCGCUACGACCGUUGGACUCGGAGUACAGCAUCCCCGACUGCUACACCGUCAAGAAAAUUGCACCAUUGUCGACACGGAUCACCGGAUUUGUGGACGAAACAUUGUUCUUCAUCUUCUACACCAUGCCUCGAGAUUACAUCCAGAUGCUGGUGGCGCAAGAGUUGGUGGCGCGCAAAUGGCGGUAUCACAUGAGAGAGAAGCAGUGGCUCACUCGGGACGACGCGUCACCCAGUCCCGUGCUGCUGGAUGACAAGGUAAGCGAGCAAGGCUACUACAUCUGGUGGGACACGAAACUAUGGAAGAAGGUUCGACGCAUUUACACGUUGAGAUAUGAGGACCUAGAAGAACAACCCAGCAUGGGCAAUCGACCAAUCCAUGCAGGCGUCAUGGGUGCCAUGUCAGGAAAUAUCAACGGAGGAAUGGGCGUUGGCAACUUCAAUGCCGUGCCUAGUCUCGAGAGAAUGGCGGCCACUGGCAGAGGCUUCUAG